AUGUUGUGUAGGAUGAAAUUUUUUUUAUUUUUUUACUUUCUGAAUUCUAUUUACUCCAUUUCCACCCUCGGUGUUUUCUACAGACACUCUGAAAUUCUAAUUCCUAAACUUUCCAACUAUUCCUUCGCGCCCUUUAAACUUUUCCAAAAUAAAAAUAAUCGAGCCUUUUCAUUCAUUAAUAAUGCCCCUAAUAGUUUCUCCAACUCCACUAAGCUAGCAGAGUUAGUUGACUCAGCUAAAUCAUCCCAAGCCCUAAAUUAUAGAAAAAAUCAUAAUGUCUAUUCAAAGGCCAAGGAAAUAGUAUUGAGCGAUGAGUGCCGAAAUAGUUUGUUGAAUGGAAUUCUCCAAGUCGCAGACACAGUGCGUGUUACGUUGGGACCCAGGGGGAGAAACAUAUUGCUGGAAAAGGAGUUCGGGACACCUAUAAUAGUCAACGAUGGUGUCACAAUUGCACGCAACAUUGAGUUGAGCGACCGGAAGAUGAACGCCGGCGCUAAGCUGAUUCAGGAGAUUGCAAGUAGUUCAGAUGAUAGGGCUGGUGACGGAACGACCUCCACUGCGAUUCUGGCAGCGGAAAUAGCCUCUAAGGGAGUACAGUACGUAAACGAGGGCCACAACUCAAUCCCCCUCCAAAAGGGUAUUCAGAAAGCUGGAAAGCUUAUCAUUGAGGAGAUUAAAAAGCUGAGUAAGCCAGUGUCUGGCUAUAACGACCUGCUAAACGUUGCCACAGUUGCAACAAGUGGCAAUGUCGUGAUGGGACAGGUCAUAGCUAAAGCUUUUGACAAAUUGGGUGGGAACGCAGCUGUAGUUUUAGAGGAUAAUCCCGCACUUGAAGAUGAAUUGGAUUUCACUGAAGGUUACACUUUCGAUCGUGGCUUUGCAAAUCCAUACUUUUUACUAGGGGAGGAGAAGGAGAGUAUAGAAUGGACGAACCCGCAAAUACUUGUUUAUGACGGGAAGAUUGAGAACGCGCAGAGUAUUUUAAACAUCUUGGAAUACGCAGCAAAGAAUAAGCUCAACCUCCUAAUUAUCGCUGAAGAUUACGGUACUGAUGCCAUGCAAACAUUCAUCAUAAAUAAAAUGCGCGGAAUGCUCAAAAUCGUAGCUGUGAAGGCUCCAAGUUUUGGUGAGAGGAGGAAAGAUUAUUUGCAGGACAUUGCAGUCGCCACCGGCGCAACAUUCGUGUCCAGUGACGUUGGAGUGGAUUUGAAUGACAUAACUCCGGCCAUGCUUGGUAAUGCCAAGAAUGUAGUCAUUAAGAAGGACAGGACCUCAAUUGUUACUAAUACUGAGGUUUUACCACAAAUUAAGACCAGGAUAAACAAUUUGAUCCGCGAGAAGGAGAUGUGUACAAGCAACUUUGAUAAGACGAAGUUGUCGGAAAGAAUAGCAGCCCUGAGUGGAGGUAUUGCGAGAAUUCGGAUAGGAGCAGCCACUGAAACCGAGCUGAAGGAGAAACGGCUGCGCUAUGAAGACGCAAUCAACGCAGUGAGAGCCGCAAUGGAAACAGGUUACGUGCCAGGCGGCGGAGUUACAUACCUACAAAUGCAAAACCAAGACUUUACCAACAAACUUAUGGAUUACAUCAAAAAUACUGUGGAUAAGGAACAAAGUGAACUAACUCCUGUUGAAACCACAUCUGAUGAAGGAAACACCUCAGUCCCACCAGGAGUUGACGGCCAAAAGGUUGUGGAACGAAUACUGAAGAGUGGAAAACCAUUUGGUUACGGAUGGAACGCUAAGACGAACACCUAUGGUGACAUGAUAAAGCAAGGAGUGAUUGACCCGAGCAAGGUGAUAAUGUCGGCAGUAGAACACAGCACCUCAGUUGCGGGACUGCUCCUAACCACGGAGGGAAUGAUGGUUGAAAAGCAGGAAAACAAAACAACCGAUGAUGAAACCCCAACCAAUAAUUUUUAA